AUGCGAGCUCUGUGGGAGAUGGGGUUCUUCGGUAAAGGUAGCCUGAGCAGAAGUGAGCCUAGCUGGCUUGAGCGUGAGAAAAAGAGAAGAGGUUUAUUAGCCAACAAGACGAAUGAAGAAGUAACGGGCCAGCGAAGAGUAGAGCGUCGUGAAAUGAAACUUGAGCGAGCGAGGAAAGAGCAAGAAGCUAUUGCGCAGCAAUUGAAAGAGGAAGCAGCUCGACAAGCGGGUGUUGCUAUUUCAUCAGAGGCAUCGACUAUCUCUGCUAGCGAGUAUAUGAAUGGCACUCUGAAUGGAUCUGCCGAUAAGGCUGCUCUCUCAUCCGAACCCGUGACGGUUGACGAGGAUGCAAAUGGCUCUUUGAAUGGGUCCGCUGAAACUAUCACCAUAUCGUCCAGUGAAAAAUCGAGCACAACCAAGACCGUGCGCUUCUCGCCGGUGGUGGAAGAGAAAAAGUUUAUUCCUGAGCCAAAGCAUGGGCAUAUCAAUGGCUCAGCAAAAUCCACAGAGGAUACCCUGAUCAAUGAGGAGCAUCUACAGCUUACCAACGAAGAGGCCCUCUUUCUUGUAUAUGGAUUAGGAGCCCUUCAGGUUUUCGACCAAGGCACCAACACCGUCAUUCCAACGCCAUCUCUCAUCAAACUCUUCACUCAAAAUUCUACAUUUCCCGCUCGGCCCGACACAGAACCUAUUGCUCCGGAUGACCCGUUCCUCGUUUCUUACGUGGCCUACCAUCACUUCCGUUCCCUUGGCUGGGUAGUCCGAUCUGGUGUCAAGUUCGGCACUGACUACCUACUUUACAACCGUGGACCGGUCUUUGCGCACGCAGAAUUCGCGGUCCUUGUUCUACCUUCAUAUGAAAACUCAUACUGGGAAUCCACCGCCGAACUCAGAGAGUAUUCGGCUAAAAAGCAGUCGCGGAGUUGGUGGUGGUUACAUGGUGUCAACCGUGUGCAGGCACAAGUCAAGAAGACACUUAUCCUAUGCUUUGUGGACGUGCCGCCUCCAUCAGCGUCAGGAUCAUUGGAUAAUCUAGGAGAGACUCUUCGUGGAUAUAAAGAAACUGAUGUGAGCGAAGCUGAAUCUCCGAUUUCUUCCUCUCUUAACGUUCGGUGUUUUUCCGCCGAACAUAUAGACGACGAAGAACGUGUUUCUCUCCCUCGAAGCCCCUCUCGUGCAAAAAUUGUCGAGUCCGUCGUCGCUGUUCACGUAGUUUCGUCUACGAAUCACGAUGUUCGCGAGAUCACCGAGCGAGUCUUGAAUACACAAGAAGAGCCCUUGAGCACCGUUCCCGAAUCGAAUGUACCCAAGAUGAGUGCUGGGGAUACCGCCGCCGGCGAUACUCAACCGAUUUCGCAAUCGAUUUUCGAAAACAUCAUAUCACGCGGGAAAUCUCUUCAUCGCUCACAGACCAGCGAACAUGGGUUGUCAGAUGCGUACAAUGCCGGCCAGGAAUCGUUUCAGAUGACAGUCAAAGAAGGGGAAUCCGGCCAUAUAAAUUUAUUAGCCGACUUUGAGUCCAACAAACAAGCAGCUGCACAGCAUUAUAGUUCAGAUGACGAGGCAAUCAGCUCAAAAGAUGGGGAAUCCUCUCCUGCGCAGUUUCCAAAUCACAAUGUCUUCCCAGAGUCGCAGCGCUUCUUGGAAACCCCAAUUACCGUAGAGAAGCGGCGGGACGUUCCCGAUAUGGCAGCCACGACCCCGUCCCUCCCCCGGAACCCUCUUGCCGCUGAUAUGAGUUCUAGCGGGGGCAUCCUCUCCAUGAGCCAACUGUUCAAGGCUACUCAAACUCCUGUCUCACCUUUUGCAAAUAGAUUACCUUCUGGCCCACUGUCAGACCGUCCUUCUCCCGAUCUUCCUAUACAGGCUCSCCCCYUAGGCGGAUACACAUCUUCUCCCACUCGCACACCCCGAGCUGAUUUGAUCCGUACCCACACCGGUCCUUUCUCAUAUGUCUCGAUGGACGAGUCACAGAAACGACGUGCCCAAAUGAUGGAGCAGAGACGAACUAGAUCAGCUGAGAAUAUUAACUCAGAAGAGCCGAUUGAUAGGGACUUUGAAGAAGAAUCGAGUCUUGUUCAGCGGAUAAAUCGUCGACGGGACAUUGAUCACGAAACCAGCCUGCGCCUGGCGUCCGUCACACAUGGAAGAUCGUCUAGCGAUUCUGCAGUCAAGCCUUCAAUCGCCUCAACUAAGCCUCUAAGUCGAGAGGUCUCGGUAGAAGCGGAUGAAACACAGGAGCCUUCUGUCCCCUUCAAUGGCGAGGGUAUAAGCGAAGAAGAGACAGAUAAGGAGGAGGUUACUGAGGUUUCCCAAAGUCAAAUUCGACAGGCUCCAUCGUCCUCCGAAGAGGACAAGGAAAACCACGUUGGACCUUAUGCAGAUAUGGCACAGGCAACUACCACAGCGCACGAUCGUCUGUCACAAGCGCUAGAUAUGCCAAAUGACUUGACGAUGACUGAUACACCACCUUCGGAAACACAUGACUUAGCCGGAACUUAUGUCAAAAACUCCCAGCAGGAGAUCAAUGUGCGAGACUCUCAACCGUCACCGAGUCAACGAGUAUCCAAACACAAGAGGACUACAAGCCUACUUUCUCAAGCCGAGUCUGUACAUAUUCAAUCAUCCUAUGACGAUUCGUCACCACCCACGAAAAGGCAGCGCCGAAAUCACAUCACAGAAAUAGCUCCUCUGUCACCCAGCAAGCGAAUUGUGCAGCAGACUUCGCCAGCUGCAAUUGUUCGACCUCCAACUCGGUCUACGCAGCAUCAAGUAUCUUCCAAUGAUCCAGUCUCCUCGAUUCAAAAUGGUACGGAGAAACCAUCCUCUAUGCCAUCACUCGUAGCCAACACUCCGUUGAACAAGGUCGCUUAUGAUAUCAUUCCCGAAACCAGUAUUCCUGAGUCUAGUCCGCAUCGCAAUCAGCAGUCUAGCUUGGCUGUAGGGCCGCUCAAUCAACUUUCUACGAUGCAAGAGGCCGAACAAGAAGAUGACGACCUUCCUCCUCAACGUCACAUACGGCAACGAAACAGUGGUUUACCAGCCUCAAGACCCUCUCCAAACAAGAAGCCGAGCUUUUUGAUCGGCUCUAGCCCAGAAAAAGGAUCUAUCAAAUCUUUAUCAGAACUGUCUGCUGAGAUGUCGCCUCAAUCAGCUAAUGGUGAACCAAUUAACUUUGAUGAUUUCUUAAACAACGAAGAUCAAGAUUUCAGCAUGAUCUUUAAAAGCCCUAGUCGUCCUACACCAAGGAAAAGACUUCGAACCACACAAGAUUAUGUCAACUCACAAUACGGUUCUUCCCCUUUGAAAAAUGUGGAAUCAACUCACACUCUAGAUGCGGAGCAAUCUGCGCCUCCCGAGGAAGAGAGCGCAUAUUUAGAAUCUCCGCCCAUGCGUGCUGUGGCUCGUCGUCAGCGCGCCAGGCCAUCACAGCUCGGCGAGGACUUGUAUGAGAUGGAUGGGUCACCACGAGCGCGCAAGUCGACCUUCACACGUCUCGUAUCUGGAUCAUCUCAAGAUCUUCCCCAGCAAGAAACGGCCCCAGAGUCUGCUUUGUUACAGCCACAAAAGUCUUCAGUGCGUGGCUCGCAGCGUUCGGACAAAGAGGCGGUUGCCAAUCAAUUUCAAUCAGAUCUGGCAGCUUCGACAACCCAAGAAAAAUCUGUCGUUCCUACCAGCACGAAAUUGUCGACCGGAGACUCGCAGGCCGACAAUUUGAAAUCUGAUGUUCAGUCUCCAGAGCCAGAAGGCCCAGUCAUCGCCCCAUAUCAGGUCUUGGCUUUCUGGAAUGGUCGCAAACGUGCUUACUAUCCUGCCACUUUCAUGCAUGCGGACGAACCACAACGAUGCGUGGUCGCUUUUGCAGAUAGUGGACCCGUCGAUGUUGCUCUUGGAUCAGUGAAGAAAUUACAACUACGUGUUGGAGACGCCAUCAAAAUUGAUUUCCCUAAGGUGCCCAAGGUCACCCAUAUUAUCCGCGGAUUCUCUCAGCAACUCAAGCCCGAAGAAUUGACGCAGAGAAAUGAGUACGGUUAUCUGCCUGUCACGGAUAUAUAUGGAUACUCGACAAUCAUCGUUGCCGCCAAGCAGCGUAAGAGCAUUCCAGGUGGAGGCCAAUUGGAGAGUGAGCAGACGAUUGAAGUUCCUAUCUAUAGUAUCUAUCUAGACAUGAUAUUGUGGAACCAGAUGAAAGGCCGCUCUUUCGUUGUCCCUAAGAGAGCAGAGCCAGCCCCGACUGCUUUACAAACUCCAACUCGAGGUGCCUCAACACCACUAUCUCCAGGCUCUAGGCUAUCACGCACUCAUCUCACUAUACGCUUGGGUCUAUUUUCUGGAAUGGUCUUUGCUAUCUCCUUGGGCGACCAAGACACUCAUAAGAGUCGACUUGUCAAGUUGAUAUCCUUGAACGGUGGCCAGAUCCUCCAAGACGGGUUCGAGGAACUGUUUGAAUUUCCAUCUAGUGCGCCUGCUGUCACACAAGCCGAAACCUUAUCACAGGCUGAGGUUGCCGAAGAAGCAAUAGAGUUUUGUCUAGCAUCUAAGUAUGAAAAUACAGGAUUCGCAUGCUUGAUAGCCGACAAACACUCCCGUCGUGCCAAGUAUAUGCAGGCUCUGGCUCUCAACGUGCCUUGUCUUUCUAGAAGGUGGAUUGAAGAUUGUGUUGAGCAGAAUCGCAUUCUCAAUUGGGAACAUUAUCUUCUCCCUGCCGGUGAAUCGAGUUUCCUCCAUGGAGCUAUCAAGUCCAGGGUACUUACUCCAGUCGCCGCAGACAAAGCUCUAUUUGCACAAACAUUUGAUGCACGAGCAAAGCUCCUUGACAAACAAUCUGUGCUUCUAGUACUUGGACGUGGCAAAACAGAAGAAAGACACAAAGCUUACAUUUUCCUCAUGUACGCUCUGGGAGCCGCAAGAAUUGCGCGUGUUCUUGAUCUGAAGUCUGCUAAGACGCUGCUUCGAAAACAAGCCCAGAAGCAGGAGGGGCCUAGAUGGGAUUGGCUCUAUGUUGAUGAUAGUGAAGAAGCCACAGCAGAGGCAAUGAUGGGCGAUCCUUACGAGACAUCCACAGCCAACACCAGCAAGAAGAGGAAGCGGUCCGCCCUGUUUAUGGAAGCUCAUGAGGGAAGAGCCUCUCCACGAGUUAUAAGCAAUGACCUCGUCUGUCAGAGCCUGAUCCUGGGGAAGAUUUGCAAGUAG